GUUCGCUGCCGGCUGCCUAACGAAGAGGAUCAGGAGCAGCAGGACGUGCAGGAUGAUCACCGCAUCAGGGCAACUUCUUCUGAGGGGAAAGAGCAGAGCUGCUCAGAUGCUUCUUUCCUCCGGCUUCGCCGAUCGCUUCUUCACGUCGGCGUCAAACUCUAUUCUCAACCCAAGGUUGGAGGGCAAAGUGGCGGUGAUCACCGGCGCAGCGAGCGGCAUCGGCAAGGCGACGGCGGAGGAGUUCGUCAGGAACGGCGCCAAGGUUAUUAUUGCCGACAUCCAGGACGAGCUCGGCCGCGCCGUGGCUGCGGAGCUCGGGCCGGACGCCGCCGCGUACACGCACUGCGACGUCACGGUGGAGAAGGACGUGGCCGCGGCCGUCGACCUCGCCGUGGCGCGCCACGGCCGCCUCGACGUCGUGCACAGCAACGCCGGCAUCCCGGGCUCCCAGGCGCCGGCGUCGCUCGGCGCGCUCGACCUGGACGACUACGACCGCGUCAUGGCCGUCAACGCGCGGUCGAUGGUGGCGUGCCUCAAGCACGCGGCGCGCGUCAUGGUGCCCCGCCGCCGCGGCUGCAUCCUCUGCACGGCCAGCUCGACGGCGGUGAUCGGCAACCUGGGCGCGCCCGCGUACAGCAUGUCGAAGGCCGCCGUCGUCGGCAUGGUGCGGACGGUGGCGAGGCGGCUGGCGCGCGACGGCGUGCGGGUGAACGCCAUCUCGCCGCACGGCAUCCCGACGGCGCUGAGCGUCGGCGGCGUCUCCGAGAUGUUCCCGGCGGCGAGCGCCGAGGAGGUGAGGAGGAUGGUGACGAGGGGCAUGCAGGAGCUGGAAGGGGCGGAGCUGGAGGUGGAAGACGUCGCCAGGGCGGCCGUCUUCCUGGCGUCCGACGAGGCCAAGUUCGUCACCGGCCACAACCUCGUCGUCGACGGCGGGUUCACGGUCGGCAAGGACCUCAUACGCCAUCCUACUGCCUCUGCUUGAAGCUCAGCGAUCAAAUAAACUUCGUUACGACGCGAAUAUUGGUGCAUGCAAUACAAAAGUUUGUUAUAAAUAAUGUCUUUAAGAAAUUAAAAUUGUUAAAUACUGUAUACGAAUUAGAUGAUACCUGCACGUUGCUACGAGAAGGUUAUGUACAAGUGAAUGAAUUUGAAAAGAUAUGCAUGCCAAAGGAAAAUAAUGAUUGAGCAAAUAAUGUUUGGUAGUU